AUGAGUUCAAGCAGCAUGGCCGUCGAUAAAGGUCAUCUUCGCGAGAGGAUGCCCAAGACAGUCAAUGCACCAUCAACUGCCGAUGCACAGAAUACCGUCAAAUCGCUCAAUCAUGAUGAAGCCGAGAAAGACGACACCAAGAAGCGCACUUACGGCAGAACGCCAGAGGGUAAAGUAUUCGUGGUGCCGCAGACACAUGACAUGGUCUCGCAACUUCUUUCCCCGACUCAACCAAAGAAUGUGUCCGACAUUGUCAUCUUGGCUGUGCUUGCAUGCCAUGUCGCCAUGCUUUACUUCCUCCCAGAUCCAGUUCGUAUCCCCAUCCUCGCCAUUGUCUUCCUUUUCUGGCGUGCCGCAUACAACGCCGGCAUUGGCUGGCUGCUCAAUAUACAAUCCAACCACAAGCGCCUUACUACGUGGGCUCGCAAGUACAAUCUCUUUACAGACCCAAACUCCGGCAAGAACCCGCGUCCAUGGCUUUACAACCAACUAAAACGUGAAAUGGAGACAAAGAUUGCUCGCGACUACAAGUUCCAAGAGGCUCCUCUCGAGUACAACACAUGGUUGGUUUUCCGAAGAGUCGUUGAUCUGAUCCUAAUGUCCGACUUUGUCGCCUACUGCUGCUUUGCCAUCGCUUGCGGCGGCCGUCCUGAUGGUGAGAAUGUGCUUAUGACUCUUGCACGCUGGCUGUGUGGCUUAACCCUCGUCGCUUUCAACCUCUGGGUCAAGCUUGACGCCCAUAGAGUCGUCAAAGACUACGCCUGGUACUGGGGUGACUUCUUCUACCUCAUCGAUCAAGAACUCACCUUCGACGGCGUCUUCGAGAUGGCUCCUCAUCCCAUGUACUCUGUUGGCUACGUUGGCUUCUACGGCAUUUCCUUGAUGGCCGCCAGCUACAAGGUGCUCUUCAUCUCCAUCCUUGCACAUGCUGCUCAGUUCGCCUUUUUGACCAUCGUCGAGAACCCGCACAUCGAAAAGACAUACAACCCACCCGCGCCAAAGAAAAGAAGAGAAUCCGAGAGCGACAGAGAACCUCCCAAAAGCGCCACUCCCGACUCCGGUCAUAUCAACGGAUAUCCUCCCAUAGCGACAACCGAGAAGCCUUCUUCAGUCCACAACAUUCUUGGCUUCCACAACAUGGACCUUCACCGUAUCACAGACAUAUCCGUCUUGCUUAUGCAAUCUUACCUCUUUAGUGUCGCCUUCUUGACCCCGUCAACUGCUUUGUGGCAGACCGCCUUUGUCGUCAACGCAGUGGCCUGGCGGUUGUGGUAUUCACUUGGCAUUGGCUACAUCCUUGAUCGUCAGUCGAACAAGAAGAAGUGGGCUCGCCAUUUUGUCAAGUAUGGUGAGAGCACUGAAGAGGCCUGGAGACAAUGGAAGGGGCUCUAUCACUUGAGCAUGAGCAUGUGUACCGCAAGCUUUCUGUGUGCUGCCCUGAAGAUGUACAGCCUGCCUCCGAACUGGACCUAUGGUCUGGCUCUGCUUCGUCACGUACUCGGCAUGGCCUUGAUCGCCCUCCAAGUCUGGACAAGCUUCAGCAUCUACGAAUCUCUCGGCGAGUUCGGAUGGUUCUUUGGUGAUUUCUUCUUCGACCAUGCGUCCAAGCUUACCUACGGUGGCAUCUACAGGUUCCUCAAUAAUCCUGAGCGAGUAAUUGGACUGGCUGGCAUUUGGGGUGUUGCAUUGAUCACAUGGAGCAAGACAAUCUUCUUCCUCGCGCUGUUGAGUCAUCUUCUCACUCUGGUCUUCAUUCAAUUUGUGGAACGUCCGCACAUGGAAAAGCUCUAUGGGCAAUCUCUGCGCCAGGACUCUGGGCUUUCCAAGAGUCUCAAGCGCUCCCUACCCUCCCAAUUCAAACACUGGCAGGGUAGCGUCGACAGAGUGCUCGAAGACUCGAUGGACUUCCUCGAAGACUUUAUUGACUCAGCGAGACCCAAGCUCGCUUCCGGAAUGGAUACCUUCGUCAGAGAUACGCGCACACUCUUCAAGAACUAUCCAGCUCGUAUCACGGUUACACGUCUCACGCCUGAUCUUGCCGGCUUCGAUCCUAAGGACUACUCUCUGGACGUCGAAGGCACUCCGUCCUCUGGCGCAUCUGAAUUCGAACGUUCUAGUGGGCGCGAAGGAGAGAUUGGCCAGAUCCCUCAGAAGCGUGUUGAUCAGUACAAGACUCUUACCUUUGAGUAUGGUGCUCCGAUCAAAGUCCGUUGGCAAGCUCCUGCAAAUCACCGCAAGAACGAUUGGAUCGGGUUGUACAUGGUUGCAGAUAAUUCAUCGCGUCAUGUCACGCAUGUCGGAUCUCAAGGUCGUUGGACCGCCACCACAAAGGGUGUCUACGAUUCUGUCACCGCCGAGACUGGCAUCCUCGUUGAUUCCCAUGAGGUCACCAAAGAUGGCAAGCAGUAUGCAACCGGCGAGAUGGAGUUCUCCGGUGACAAACUGUGGUGGACUCACGGCGUUUUCGAGUUCCGCUACCACCACGACGGAAAGCACAAUGUCAUGGCUACGUCUCUACCAUUCGAGAUUCGCGUUGGCAGGUUUGACGAAGACGAUGUUCAGUUUGAUAAUAUCAACCUGGCACGUUCGGCCGUUGAGCAGGCUUUGCUUCCCAUUGUACAAAACUGCUUCGAUCGCGACCCAGAGGUUGCGCCGCGCACUGUUGAUGACAUGUUUGGCGAUGGCUUGGAGAGAGAAGGCAGAUAUGCUAGACGUGUCGUCUUCGCUAUCCAUCAAAUGUUUGGUAUCGAAUUUGCACCCGAAGUCGUCUUGGCCGACGGCAGUGUACAAAAUCUGGCUUGGAGAAUUUGCAAUGCAAAGAAGGUGCUCGCACCUUACAGCAUGACACCUAGCCGUGGUCGCUCGACCCCUGCAGAGCUGAAGGCUUGA